AAAUAUUUUGAUAAUUGUCUAUCUAUUGUUUAUUUCAAUUAGGCCCUUAGACGCAGUUUUUGACGGGCUUUAAUCUGGUAUAAAAUAGUUGAUUAUAUCAUUGAUUCAUUAUGUCGCUAAGGGGGGGGCGUAAAGGUUUUUUAACACCCUAUAGUAACACACAUUAUUUUUUACAGUGUACUUGUUAACGAAAUGAGAAGGCACAGACUAUCAUAUAGUACUCAUAACAUCAAAGUUUAUAAUGACAACGUUCGACAAUAUACUCAUAAAAAUGUUUUUACUAUCUCAGAUCAGAACAAAUCAUAAUUAUUUCACACCCACCUUAUUCCACGGGUCCAGUACUAUGUAGUUUUCAGAUACUCUAUUUAAUUGAUAACCUUGAGCAAUCAAACGGCACCUAAUUAUGGCCUUAAGUGCUGCAACCAAAAUGAUGACAUUUUUUAAUCAAAGAUGAUUCGAAAAAAACUUCCAAUAAAUGCCUUGAAACCAAUUGAUUAUGGGUGAGUAAUGAUGCUUACUGGAUCAAAUAAUUGCUGAAGUAAAUGCUUGAUUAACUCUAUUCUGUGGCGUUCUGUCUGUAAAUGCCAGUACUUUUAAUAUGGCCUAAGUAUAUGGAUAUAGGUUCAUCCAAUAAAACUAUAAAUCGUUGAGGAUGCUAAUCGUUUGAUUUAUUUUUGAAUGAAUAUUUUACUCUCACUCUAUCAAUAAAGACAUUUUUCAAUGACUUUAUCCUAUUUUAGAUUUUAAGUUACUGAGGAAUUCCAUUAAUGACAGAAAAAUGUGAUUAUUGCAAAGUGGAAUACACAGUAUUUAGACGAAAAGUACGUAUUAAUUGCAAGAUGAAUGUGUUUCAUAGCGACUAAGAAAAUCCGCCUCUUUCUGAAGAAAAAUCUUACCUGUUCAAUACUAAAAAAUGUCAUGAUUUCUGCUAACAUACAAAGUUAAAUAUUAUUUGACUAUUCGAUGAUUUUUCUGUUUGUUGAAAAAAUAUCACCAUAUGAUAUAGAAAUAAUGAAGAAAUAACUCAGCUUUUUUGUCUGCUUAUUUUUGUUCACAAACAGAAAUUUGUAUAAUUUUUUAGAAACUGUGCACAAUUUGUCAUCAAUUAUUUUGUAAACGAUGUGCAUAUCGGUUAAACUUAUUUUCUCCACGAAUAUGUUGUAUUUGUCGUUCAAUCGAAUCAAAUACAAAAGACAAAAUUGAACAAUUAUCUUUGAUUAAAGUCAAGCAUUUACGAGCUUAUUUAGAGGGAAAACAUGUUGCAAAUGUACGCACCUGCAUUGAAAAAAAAGAUCUUAUCGAUCUGAUAUUGAAACAUUUAGAGCAUCAACAUUGCUUUCCAUUCGAGUUAGACAUGAUAUCAACAGCCGAAGAUGGUUUUGUCCAUGUUGAACAACGAGCAUCAGCAACGAUUACAGAAUCUAAUUCAACAUCUUACUCAAGUCGUCGUCGAACAUUAUCAUUAUCCACACCACUCAACUUACCAAAUGAAACAACACUUCCCACAAACAUCAACGAGAAUAACACGACAGAUACAGAAAUCCGUGCUGCCGUUGAUCAAGAUCAGCUACAACAACAGUCACGUCUUUGUGAAUCAUUGAGUGACUUGUCAAACGAAGAGAAUGUUGACGAAUCAUCAACAGAUAAUCCAACAUCUUAUUCAAGCCAUCAACGAACAUCAUCAUUACUCACACCACGCAUCGCUCCAGUCGACAUACUACUUGUUCCAGAUAUCAAUGAAAACCAAACAAACAAUGAAACUCGAGCUGCUAUUGGUCAAGAACAGCAAGAACCACAUCGACGUAAAUCGUUGAGAGAUUUGUCGAAUGAAGAGAAUAUUAAUGAUUUGACUGUAAAAGAACUUAAAGAGAUUUUGGUUGUGAAUUUUGUUAAUUACAAGGGUUGUGUAGAAAAACAUGAAUUAAUCGCAAAAGUCAGACAACUCUAUCGAGACAAAACGAUACAAGAACAAAAAGCUAAAGUUCAAUUGGAGAAUGGAAAUGAUGAUAUCUCAGAUGAUACUGUGUGCAAAGUGUGUAUGGAUGCACAAAUUGAUUGUGUCUUUCUCGAUUGUGGACACAUGUGCACGUGUGUGAAGUGUGGAAAAGUGUUAGCUGAAUGUCCCAUGUGUCGGCAGUAUAUUGUGAGAGUUGUGAGAGUUUUCAAAGCUUGA